UUCCAGUUGCAUGUCAUUUGUCUUGUUGGUUUUGUUUGGAGGUUAUAUUUAUUUUUAAAUAUUUCUAUUAAAAUUUAGUAUUUUUUAGUAUAUUAGGAAAUAGUGUUUCUUAUUGCAUAUUCAAGUCAGUUUUUAACUUGAUUUCUUAUUUUUUCUUAUUUGGACAAUUUUUGCUUUGGGCUAAUAUUUUUAAAGCUAGUAUGGAGGGUGAAAAAGUUCAAGAAUAUUUCCAAAAAAUUACAAAUGAAGAAACGGAUGUAUCUGCUGGCGUAGCUGCUAUAAGAACUCUUAUGGAAGUUAUUAAGCUGUCUCAAUCUGAAACAGUUCAAGAAUUAGAAACUAACUUAAAGGAUGCAAUUCAUAACAUCAAAAAUUGUAAUGUACCAGUCGCAGCCAUUACAUCAGGAUGUGAGUUAUUUCUGAGAUUUAUUACUCUGGUUGGUAUGGAUACAGUAGGGAGCUUUCGAGAUUGCAAACAACUUAUGUUAGACCGUGGUAAUAUUUGCUUAAAGAAAUUUGAUGAAGCCAGAGGAAAAAUCUCCAAAUUAGCAUCUAAAUUUCUAAUUGAUGGAUCUAAAGUCUUAACACAUUCACGGUCUAGGGUGGUGUUACAAACAUUAUAUCACGCUCAUAAACAGAACAAACGUUUUGAAGUUUUUGUUACAACAUCUGCGCCUGAUAAUUCAGGUCGCCAAAUGUGUAAAGAACUUCAAAACAUAGGAAUACCCUGUACACUCAUUUUAGAUUCUGCAAUAGGUUACGUAAUGGAACAGAUAGAUUUUAUUAUGGUAGGUGCAGAAGGAGUUGUAGAAAGUGGUGGUAUUGUAAAUAAGAUAGGAAGUUACACUAUGGCGGUAUGCGCGAAAGAAAUGAAGAAACCAUUUUAUGUGUUAACUGAGAGUUUUAAAUUUACUAGAUUAUUUCCUUUAAAUCAGCAAGAUUUGCCAGCUGAAUAUAAAUAUACUACCAAAGUAAGAGAAUCCGUGGAUCUUAAAAAUGCACAUCCUUAUGUUGAUUACACGCCUCCUUCCUAUAUCACUUUACUUUUUACUGAUAUUGGUAUCUUGACGCCAUCUGCUGUAAGUGACGAAUUAAUAAAUUUGUAUUUAUAAUUA